GGAAUGUAUUGUUGUAGUUAGCCCUGUCUGCAGAUAGGGAGCUUCCAGUUCAUCAUCCACCAAACCUGAUAGUGGAGACACAACCAGGCGUUUUCCCCCCGCCGCCGCCCUGCCCGGAGCCUCGCUGUCUGGUGCCCUGCCCGGAGCCUCCGCGGUCAAUGCCAAAUGCAGAAAGAGACGGCUAUCCACCCCGACGGGUCUAAAACCUAUUUACUAACCCCCUGAAUAUACCAAAUAAACCUGAAUGGAUACGUUGUUAAGACAACGACCUAUGCAAUGGGAAUAGUCAACAUGGAAUUUGGAUUUGACGGACCUUUUUGUAUAUAAUAAAUACCUAACGUUAGUUAGCUAGGAAGGUUAGCUAUCAAAGGCUGCCUAACAUUAGCAAAGGAGCUAGCUAGCUAACGUUAGCUAGUUACCUUGAAAAGGAGAAAAGAAAUACGGCAAAGUUGGGACUUCUGUAGGCAAAAGACCGUUUUUCCACCCCCAAACAAGUUUCUUUUAACAUAGUUAGCUACCUGUAGUAACGCUACCAGUGUAUUGUUAAUGUUAGUGAGGUAAUUUUCAGCUAACGUUGUGUUGGCUAACGUUAGCCGUCGUGUUAGCUAGCUGUUAGCAGGACAAUCUGACGCCGUCUCAUCAGUGAUCAUUUACUUUUCAAUGUGUUCUUCCAUACUGGACACUUCAGUUCAAGUUAUUGAGCUGACGUGAAAGACAUAUAAAUACAUUAAGUUAAGUGAAGUUUUUUGGGGGUGGGAGUUAAAUCAAAAAUGUACAACAGAGUGAAGUCAAUGGCGUUGCUGAAACAAAUGACGAUGCUGUCGUGUCUGUACGUGAUGGUCCUCCGUCCGGUAACCGCUGACCAGCAGAAGGAGAGGGAAUGUGCCUUCACUGAGCAGCAGUGGGAGAUGGAGCGCGUGGCGAUGGGAGAGGGACGGGUUUCUCCUGAGAACACCACUAUCCACUGCUCUAAAGGAUCUCACUGCUUCGGCCUCUGGGAGAAGAGUCCUCCUGGAGAUGUCAGGCUGGUCAAACAAGGUUGUUGGACUCACCUUGGCGACCAGCAGGAGUGUCGGGACGACCGUUGCGUGGUAACCAACCUGCCUCCUCAGAUCCAGAAUGGGACGUAUCACUUCUGCUGCUGCAGUACUGACAUGUGUAACGUCAACUUCACUGAGGACUUUCCCCUGCCCAGUCCCACUACAGCCCAGCCGCUAUACCACCAGUUGCAGUGUGAAGAGACCGUAGUCAUCUCCUUGGCUGUUGUCUCUGUCCUGGCUGUCAUCAUCUUCGCUGCCUUCUUCGGUUACCGCAUGAUGCACAGAGGUGGUAAACAGGGCCUUCAUAACCUCAACAUGAUGGAGGGAGCUGGUUCUGAGAGCUCUCUGGACCUGGAUAACCUCAAACAACUGGAGCUGAUAGGUCGAGGCCGGUACGGCUCGGUGUUCUGUGGUUUGUUGGACGAGCGACAGGUGGCUGUGAAGGUGUUCAGCUCAGCCAAUCGGCAGAACUUCCUGAACGAGUGUUCCAUUUAUUGUCUCCCCCUGCUGGAGCACGACAACAUCGCACACUUCAUCGCUGCCGACGAACGGCUGGGGGCAGAGGGCCGACUGGAGUACCUUCUGGUCAUGGAGUACUACCCCCACGGCUCGUUGUAUCGCUACCUGGGGCUGCAGACAGGAGACUGGAUGAGUAGCUGUCGUCUGGCCCAUUCCAUCACCAGAGGCCUAGCCUACCUGCAUACUGAGCUGCUUAAAGGAGACUUCUACAAGCCAGCUGUGUCUCACAGAGAUCUGAACAGUCGGAACAUUCUGGUGAAGAACGACGGAACGUGUGUCAUCAUCGACUUUGGCCUCUCCAUGAAGUUGACGGGGAACCGGCCGGUACGGCAGGGAGAGGAGGAGAACGCUGCCAUCAGUGAGGUGGGUACAGUCCGCUACAUGGCCCCAGAGGUUCUGGAAGGGGCGGUGAACCUGAGGGACUGUGAGUCGGCUCUGAAGCAGGUGGACAUGUACUCCCUCGGCCUCAUCUACUGGGAAACCUUCAUGAGGUGUACUGACCUCUUCCCAGGAGAAUCCGUUCCAGACUUCCAGGUAGCGUUCCAGGCCGAGGCAGGGAACCACCCUUCCUUUGAGGACAUGCAGGUCCUGGUGUCCAGAGAGAAGCAGAGACCCAAGUUCCCCGAGGCCUGGAAGGAGAACAGCCUGGCGGUACGUUCCCUGAAGGAGACCAUGGAGGACUGUUGGGACCAGGAUGCUGAGGCCAGGCUGACGGCUCAGUGUGCAGAGGAGCGCAUGGCUGAACUCCUGCUGAUCUGGGACCAGACCAAGUCCGUCAGUCCCACGGUCCACCCUACUGGUAGCAGCUGUACUACACUGUAUAAUGAUAGAAACCGCAUGGGGCCAAAGUCCGGCCCUGACCCCGCCUCGUCCUACAUCGAGGAGCAGGAAGGCAUGGCUAAGAAUACACAGAGCGACGCCUCCUCCGCUUUGAGUGGCCGGAUGAGAGAUGGAGGCGUGGCGGGAGAGAAGAACAGGAACUCGAUAAACUACGAGCGGCAGCAGGCGGCUCACGCCCGUCUACCCAGCAGCCCCUCCGCUGGAACCUCCUCUGCCCUCACCACCAUGACCUUCAUCUCAGAGUCCAGCCAGGGUCAUGACCCCAACCUCCACCUGACCCUGACCCAGGAGGAUCUGGAGACCACCAAGCUGGACCCCAGGGAGGUGGAUAAGAACCUGAAGGAGAGUUCUGAUGAGAACCUGAUGGAACACAGCCAGAAACAGUUCUGUUGUCCGGACCUGCUGAGCCCCGCCUCCUCUUCCCUGCUCUUCCCCUUCAUCAAGAUGGCUGCCGAGGCGUCUCCCCCCGCCGCGUUCCCUCUCCCCAAGCAGCAGAACCUCCCCAAACGACCCUCCAGCCUGCUGCUCCGCACUAAGCCGCCGAAGAAAGACUCAUCCUCUCUGAGGUUUAAAUUCGGUCGCCACGGCAAGUCCAACCUACGACAGGUAGAGGGCGGAGCUAAGACCAACGCCGUGUCCAACGUCACCGCCGUCUCCGAGCCCCACCGGGUCAGCGCCACCAACAACCUGCUGGUCCUACGGGACCUCUCCGUGAACGGGCACGCGGCCGGGUCCUUGCCAGCAGGGGGCGCCAGCAGCACGGUGGGGCUCGCUCUAACUCAGGGCACUGAUACGAACCCCCAGAGCUCUGAGGAUGGACAGCUGGGGCUGAUCACUGCCAGCCCAGACGAACACCAACCACUGUUGAGCAGAGAGACGGGACAACCAGAUGUCCACUCCUCUAACGCACGGCCCAACAACAACAACAACAACAACAACAAAAACAAUGGACUGGUACUGGGGGAGGGAGAGGGGGAGAGUGAUGGGGGAGGAGAGGAAGAGGAGGAGGGAGCAGGAGGAAGUACCAGUGGAGAGACCCCCUGCUCCCUGGGGGAGAGCUCUGUUUCUGGUUCCUUGUCUGGACCUGAGCCCAACCCUGUCACCAUGAGAGGUGAAGCCCUGCUCAGGGAGCCUAAAGGAGGCCGGCGGCCGGAGAGACCCAACUCCCUGGACCUGUCCUUCACCACCAGAGACCUGGUCUCACUGGGGGAGGUGUUGGUCCAGAACCAGGGAACAGGGGAGAAGAUUAAGAAGCGUGUGAAGACUCCGUACUCCCUGAUGCGCUGGCGACCAGCCACCUGGGUCAUCUCCACAGAUACCAGGGGGUCAGAGGUGAACAACAACAGGGGAGAAGGUCAGGCCCGACCCAAGUCCAGCUCCGCUGUCUAUCUGACCUCUGAACCCAGCGACACCCGCCUCUGAAUUCUGACCUUUCGGAGGGACAACACAGACAGUAGUGUUGUUAUGACAACAGAAAGCGAAGUGUUUCCCGGGUAACAGCAGCAGGAAGCGAUCCAGAGUGUUGUAACAGCAGUCGGUUGUGUCCAGUCCAGUUUCUGUCUCUCGCUUUGCGUCUUUUGAUGACAUUCGCUUUAAAUUGAAUCCAGCUAUGCAGCCGUCCCUUCCUCGUGGUUCCAUUUGUCUGUGUGUUUACAUUUACAUUACAUUUACAUUUAAGUCAUUUAGCAGACGCUCUUAUCCAGAGCGACUUACAAAUUGGUGCAUUCACCUUAUGAUAUCCAGUGGAACAACCACUUUACAAUAGUGCAUCUAAAUCUUUUAAGGGGGGGUUAGAAGGAUUACUUUAUCCUAUCCUAGGUAUUCCUUAAAGAGGUGGGGUUUACUGGGGUUUAGUCGUGUUUCCAUUUGUCUGUGUGUUUACUGGGGUUUAGUCGUGUUUCCAUUUGUCUGUGUGUUUACUGGGGUUUAGUCGUGGUUCCAUUUGUCUGUGUGUUUACUGGGGUUUAGUCGUGGUUCCAUUUGUCUGUGUGUUUACUGGGGUAUAGUCGUGUUUCCAUUUGUCUGCGUGUUUACUGGGGUUUAGUCGUCGUUCCAUUUGUCUGUGUGUUUACUGGGGUUUAGUCGUGUUUCCAUUUGUCUGUGUGUUUACUGGGGUUUAGUCGUGGGUCCAUUUGUCUGUGUUUACUGGGGUUUAGUCGUGGUUCCAUUUGUCUGUGUGUUUACUGGGGUUUAGUCGUGUUUCCAUUUGUCUGUGUGUUUACUGGGGUUUAGUCGUUCCAUUUGUCUGUGUGUUUACUGGGGUUUAGUCGUGGUUCCAUUUGCCUGUGUGUUUACUGGGGUUUAGUCGUGGUUCCAUUUGCCUGUGUGUUUACUGGGGUUUAGUCGUUCCAUUUGUCUGUGUGUUUACUGGGGUUUAGUCGUUCCAUUUGUCUGUGUGUUUACUGGGGUUUAGUCGUUCCAUUUGUCUGUGUGUUUACUGGGGUUUAGUCGUGUUUCCAUUUGUCUGUGUGUUUACUGGGGUUUAGUCGUGUUUCCAUUUCUCUGUGUGUUUACUGGGGUUUAGUCGUGUUUCCAUUUGUCUGUGUGUUUACUGGAGUUUAGUCGUUCCAUUUGUCUGUGUGUUUACUGGAGUUUAGUCGUGUUUCCAUUUGUCUGUGUGUUUACUGGGGUUUAGUCGUCGUUCCAUUUGUCUGUGUGUUUACUGGGGUUUAGUCGUGUUUCCAUUUGUCUGUGUGUUUACUGGGGUUUAGUCGUGUUUCCAUUUGUCUGUGUGUUUACUGGAGUUUAGUCAUGUUUCCAUUUGUCUGUGUGUUUACUGGGGUUUAGUCGUGGUUCCAUUUGUCUGUGUGUUUACUGGGGUUUAGUCGUUCCAUUUGUCUGUGUGUUUAUUGGGGUUUUGUCGUCUACUCCAGUUACUCAGUCUGUGACCAUGAGGGAGGCUGCUCUGGGAACGUAAAACAAUCAUAGUAUUUUCUGUCUUUCAGCACCAGAAGGAGUUUGCUUCAGAAAUGACUAACUAUGGUCUUAAAGACUCAAUUAUCCACUUCCACUUUUUUCAUGCUGUUCAUUUGUGUAUUUGAUUAUGAAUCCCCCUUUUUUGUAUCAUGAUUUAAAUUGUGCAAUAGGAUACAGCUUUUAGGUGCUUUCAUAUGUUUUUAACGCUUCUGUUGUUUUCUUGUUUCAUUUUUUAAUAUAAUCUCUGUGUUGCACUUAUAAAUGGACACCAGGUCAA